AAGCUGUCCAAACAUUGGAACAUAACACCAAGCCUUUUAAAUGGUUUGUAAAGAAAGUGUUUCCAAGUAUAGAUGAGCUUGCAAGCACAAGUUCAGUACAUUCCUGUGCUUAGAAUGAAAGCAAUAAUAGCAUUUCAGAAGUGAGUGGUGAGGAUGUGAGUUGAAAUUGUGCUUCUUAUUAUGCAUAGUGUCACAGAUGCAAUGACUACAGAAUUUUAAGACAAUUUGAGUGUCAAGUUCACACGCAUAAUCUGUGUGAUGUCAGUAAUCAUUGCAAUGUAAGUCAGCUUAGAUUUCCUCAGACAAAACCUGCCUGGGCAUUUUACUGCAUUUAAACAUAGUCAAUGGGAGCUCUUUGUAUACAUGGAUCUUCCAGACUAUGCAGGAACUGAUGGAUAAAAACCCAUUAUUUCUAUCCCAUAUGUCCCAUGAUUUGUUCAUCAUGAUUUGUGUCAGAAAAGUCAGGAACCACUGGGAAUAUAUUGAGCAAAUAUGUCAAUCCGAAUAUGUUGAGCAAAAUCCACAAAACAUGAUGUAGCAGCUGAGAAAAUGCAUAGAGCUUAAGGGUGAAUGUGUAGAGGAUAUUUCGUAAAUAAUAAAUACAAAAUUAAGUAUAUGUAGAUUUACUCCGAUUGGUUCCUGACUUUUCAGACUUUUCACCCUGUAUAUGAAUAUUAGUUCUUGAAAUUAACAAUGAAUAUUUAAAAAAUAAGAAUUAAAAAUCAUUGGAAAAAAAAGCCAUAUUUUAGGUUGAACAUAACCAAUUAAUGUCAUCAUUUUUAAGAAUAUGUAUUAGAAUUACUAAUAUUUUUUUCCCCUUAGUGCGAACAACAAGACAACCCAGGUUAAGUAAGUAAGGGAAAAAAACAUGCACACACACACACACAAUAGGGUGUGCUCUUGUAGGAAAAUAAUCAACAGCAGAAUGCUGAGAUGCAGCUCAACGCAAAGCGCUGUUACUUUUACUAACCCCAAGAUCAUUAUUUUCUGAUAACGCCAUGCCGUGAAGAGCUUUAUUCCUCUUCUACAAACAUCGCUUACAUUUUAUUGUUACAUGUCCUUUUUUUUAAUUAAAGGAUGUCUAAUUUUUAUCCAUUUAUAGUUUACAUUUCAUAUUUGGAACUUCCGUGAAACAAGUUACUUCCUGUUAUCAAUUAUGUUAUAGCAGCUAUAAAUAGUUGUUCCCUCUCCAUCCUCUUUUUCAAACACAAUGCAGCUUGUCAUGUUGCUGAGAAACUGCAAAGCCCGUAGGCCUUAAGAAUUUCCUGUGACUGAAAACAUAUUUGCAGCUUUACCUCUGACUGUUACACAGCACCAACCAUGGAGACUCCUUCCUAAAGGCAAAAUUAUUAAAUUCAUCUCCUCACAAAAAACUUCACCAUAUCAACAAAAACAGACUCUUUUGUAUCCUUUAUUAAUAGUAACAUUUCUAUAGAAAUGUCAGCAUAUUAGACCAAGCUGAACUACUGUCCGAACCGUGCUGUUAUAGAUAAGUAAUCAACACCUUCUGACUGAUCAGAAUCGAGAAUGCAACAGUGCUGUGGUAUAAUUACAAUUAACUUGUCUUUACUAUUAACAUACUAUUCAAAACUAGACCUAAUCCAUGUCCGUAAAGUUGGCUCUUAAAACAGCCAUUACUAAAGAACUGCAGAAUGGAUUGUUUAUAAGAUGUGAUGAGGCACAGCCGACAGGUUCUUUUAAAUUCAAACUCAAAAAGUCUUUGAAAAGAAAUCCAAAGCCUAAGAUUAGGAGAGCAUCUUUGAUGAUGGAGUGAGCCAGUAAUUGUCUAUGCUGCUUCUUCGUGCACAGAAAUGUGUGUGAAAUGCUUGAGCUGGAUCGUAAACCUCAUGCAGGACAGCUUCUUAAAGUAAUUAGUGGUUUGUGCCUCUUCAACCAUGUAUGCAAUGUCAGCCAUUGAUCUCUUUUGUUCUUUAUGCUUUAUUGCUUCAUUUAUUGCUGUAGUCUUUUGCUAUUGUUUUUUUUUUUCUCUCUCUCUCCUGAAAAGCCUUUUUUGCAGGAGCAGCCAUUAGCUUACAUUUAUAAUAGUAAAGAGCCACAUCAUGGCAUCGGCUCAGCGCAUUAGACCCUGUUUGUCAAAAUGAAAGCUAUACUGUACUUUGUUAAAACUUCUUUAACAUGAUGGUGUGGAGUCAGUGACAGAUAUAUGACGUCAUUCUGGAGUAGAGUCGAAUGACCAAACUAGUUGCCUCUUCACAUGGCGGCUCAGGCAGUGGUAUUAGCAUGGCUGAAGGGAGGGAGCUAGGGAAACUAGCUGCCACUGGGCAUAGUAUCUGGGAAUGCUAAUGUAGUUGUGGUUUUAUGUCAGGCAAUUGGACCAACAUCAUCUCUUUCAUUUGGGGAUUGUUAUUUGGAACUCUCUGUCUUGUUUGUGGUGUUUUGUCAUUUCUUGAUUUGGAAUGAAGGCUGCAAUGAUUCAUAAUAGAGAACGUUUCUAUGUAGAAUACAAAAACUGGUUUGUUUUACAUUUAGGGGAGAAAAAACUGUUAAAAGGUAGAGUAAUAGCUUUGCAACUACUGUACCAAAUGCUCUCCUUCCUUUAGUUAUUGGUAGAUCUUAAAAGCAUACUUAAAGCAUCUGAAUAGUUGACCUGGUCCUGCAGCUUGCUUUUCUUCCUUUUUUUUUCCAUUUCUGCUAAAAGGACUGAGUUAGUAACAGCACUAUGGUGAAGAGCACACAUAGGCCAGUUAGUGGGCAAAGGAAUAAAGAAGAGAAGCACAGAGGUUGACUAAAAUGGUACCAUUCAAUCAUAACAAAUAUGACUGUAUGUGUCCUUGUACAGAUUCAUUAUCCUACAAAUGUUAUAUUUUAUUACAGCUAACAAAGAUAAAUCAUUUCUUUAUUAUUUGUGGAAUUCUUUCAGAGGAAAAAUAUUUUAAUCUGUCCCUUUUGUGUGUGUGUGUGUGUACGCUUAUUAGAAGGACUUCUUUUGUUGGUAAACUGCUGAACAGUACAGCAGUGCUGUGUCUGCAAAUGCCUUGAAUCUUCAUAAAUAUUCCUCCAGCACCAGUGAAGCGAAGCCCCAUCUGGCCGCUCUCCGUUUAGUGCCCUACCCAGCACCACAUCAAAGCCCCAUGCAGCCCCUCCUGAAGAAUAAGAGGAAAUCUGGAACAAAGUCCACUUCCCUUCACAGCCCAGACGCUCACAGGAUGGGUUGGCGGGCGAGAGCAAGGCUUUGCAAGCAGGCUGGCAGACACCCAGGCCAGCGCAGAGGAAAGGCCGUCUGUGCACUGCAAACACACACCCAGGUUGGUGUGAGAAGUUGCCUCAUAAAUUGGUGAAGUCCACACCAGGACAGCUGGACAAGAGCUAUGGGAAGAUCUACAAACACAAUCAGUGUCACUACAUGCUCAAACACCUACAAGAUGGAGAGCAGAUCAGUGUGCAAAUGCCUCCUGAUAUUGCUGGACACUGGGUGUCUGAAAGCUGCGAGGUGAGACCCGGAUCUGAAUUCCUCACUCGAUCCUACCAUUUCUUCUCAAACCACACCUUCCAGGCCCUUCAGUUCUAUUACAGGGACAACCACUGCACAAAGCCAGGCUACACUCUCCUCAUCGAAGGCAGUCUGCACCCUCGUCAGGCAUCAUGGCUUGUCCGUGGAGGCACGGAGUCGGACUACCAGCUGAGUCGAGUGCUGCUGGUGAGCCACAGCCUGCCCGUGGCCAAAGAUCUUCAGGUGAAACUGGAGACAAGCUGUGGUCUUACAGAACACCUGGAGCCAGAGUUCAGCUAUGAGUUGUGGGUAGAGGGCUCGGAUCGUGACUGCACCCACGGCUUAGACUUCAGCAUGCAGGAGCUGCAGCUGCUACGCAUGGAGAGGCGCUUUCGACCCAGCGAGCCUGAGAGACAAGCGGAGGAGUUGUUUGUGGGGGACGUGCACACAGAGCGCACUCAGAGGCGAAACCACAGGCCCACGGGCUACCAGCCCCCCCUCCAGAACGUCAAGACUUAUGAUAAUAGCUGUGUCGCAUGUCAGAUCAUCUCUGUAGCAGAUUUUCAUCAUCCACCAGUUCUGCCAUCUCGGGUUGAUCACCCCCUGCAUCUCUACGGUAACUGGGUUAGUAAGCGCUGUGAGGUCCGCCCAGGGGUGCUCUUCCUCACCCGUCAUUUCGUCUUCCACAAGGAGAGCAACAUUUGGGAGGGCCACUAUUACCAUUACUCUGACCCAGUCUGCAGGCAUCCCACAUUCAGCAUCUCUGCUAAAGGACACUACAGCCCAGGCAUUCCCUCCACUACUGUCAUGGGAGGCACUGAAUACACUUUCACAGUGACCCAGAUGAAGGUCACUCCCAUGGACGUGGCUACUACCUCUCUCCUGAAUGUCUUCAGUGGGGAUGAAUGUGGAAAACAGGGCUCCUGGAAGCUGGGGGUACAACAGGACGUGACUCCAACAUCAGGCUGUGCCGCCCUGGGCAUCCGUCUGCCUCACACUGAAUACGAGCUCUUCUACAUGGGACGAGAUUCAGCUGGACACCGCCUCCUCUUCAAUGGACAGAGACCUACCAACGGCUCAAGCCCUGACCAGCCUCACAGACGCGCCACAUCCUACCAGCCGCCGCUGAUCCACUGCAGCUCCGGGCACAAAGGCAUUGGAAAGGAGGGAGACCAUCACUUCAGGCUUGGGAAUGGAUGCAACACACAGCCCCAGUACCUGGUAUAUGCCUUCAUUUUGGUUACACUUGUCUUUUCUGUCAUAUAGGAUCAGAAGAGCAAGUGUUUACAUAUUGUUGUGUGUGCGCCCUUUCUGCUUAUCACAGAAAAAAAACUGAAGUGUGGAGAAACUGUCCUAUAUGCAGAUCCCAACCUCUUUAAUUAAUGGGACUAAUUAAUUAUGUUAACUAGUUGUUGAGUAUGUUGUGGAACUGCUUCAGCAACCUUUGUUUUUUAAAAGUUGUUGAAAGUAUGUUUGUGGUGUUUACCACCAUCUUUUAAGUGGACUGUACAUUUUAAAAUCAUAAAGUAUCAAUCACCAUCAAAUAUUUAUGAAGCUGGUCAAGAUGAAAGCAUGCAUGUUAAUUACACAGUAAUAGUAAAAGUUGGUCAGACAUUUGUCACCCACUGCAUGCAUUGUAUCAAAGGGAUCAAAUUUCUGUUUCACUGAAAAUGUACAGUAGUAUGUACAGUAGUGUGUACAGAGACGUCACGCAUACACUGAAACGAGAAUGUUAGAUGUUUUAUUUAAUUUUAAUUUCUCUUAUUUCCCAGUGGCUCAAUGUUAAAUACCAUAUACAGUCAGAGUGGUCAUGUUAACAGUUGCCUCACAAAUGAGUAUAUAAUUUGCAUAAAUUAAAUGCUAAGACUUUUAAUGUAAGAGUAAGAUGUGUCUGUCAGGUGACUGAGAGAAAAUAAUGUACAUGGAAGGAGGCACAGUCUCUCAGGUGAAUUCUUCACAUUCAAGAAAAUAAAAUGAUUGUAAAUCUGAAGCUCAGAGGCUAACCAGCAACACGCGGCAUCAUUUUUUUUCCUUUGAGUUUUAAAUUUUCAUAAAGGAUUAGAAUGACAUGUACAAGACACUUAAAACAUUCCAACACUUAUUAAACCACAUAAAGAAAGCAAGGACAAUUAAUUUUAUUUAUUCAUCAUAGAUUUUUUCAUUAUCAUAAAGGUCUCUACACAGUGCAAUUUGACUGCAAUUGAUGUAUUAAUAAAUGUACAGUUACACCUGUCCCACCCUUGGAAGGAAAAAGAAAUACCCCUCACCACAAAAAAAAAAAAAAACAAACAAACAAAAAAACAGAAAA